UAACACUCACUUGCCAAAUCUCUCCCUGGGCCAUUUGGGGCUCGCACGCGUCCACGCUCCUUGUUUACCCUGAUGCGGCUUUCACGCGCAGCCUUUUUGUUUACCUCUCCGGCAAAUGAGAUGAGGCGGCUGGGAGACUGCGUAGCAGUCAUUAUAAAAACCCCACGGGCGACAGCCGAUCCAGAGCCCAGUCCCGGAGAAAUCUCCGAAGAGGCGAGACGAGGAGGAAGCAGCAUCUGUGGCACUUGAGCUGGGUUGACUGCGGCGAGGGACGGAGCAUGGAGAGUUCGCCAGUCUGCCUCUGCGGUUCUCCUCCCCAUGGAGCUCGGAGCCCCCGGAUUUGCUGCAAGGGACAAGCAAGGUCCGAAGGAUUCUGGAGACCUUGGAUUCCCACCCACAAAGAUGCAGAAAGGCAGCACAGGCAAAACCACAGGGCGUUGUGCAGCCUUUCUGAGACUACAGAAGACUCAGCAAAACUCACACAGUAUAUACACCCAGUCAGGUUAUUCUGGCCCAAAUCAAGGUGCUUUGACUACUUGUAUCAAGAAGCUGAAGCACUUCUGAGGAACUUUCCUGUCCAAGCUACAAUUUCCUUUUAUGAAGAUUCCGAGAAUGAAGAUAGUGAUGACUUGGAACAUGAUUCUGGAGCAGAAUUGGAUUCUUAAUUAUAAUGAGUGUUAAUAUCACUGUUUAUUUUCAUUAAUUUAAUAUUAAUAUCAAUAUGCUCAUAGUAUUUUAAGCUAAUUUAUAUGUAAAUUAUUUUAAAUUAAAAUCAAACGUUUCACAUUUUUAUAACUUCAGUAGUUUAUUUUGUACCUUCCACAUACCCACCCACCCUCCAUUAUUCUGAAAACAGUAACCUUGUUAUGCUAGUAGCAUAUAGCACUAAAUCAAUAGCAAUAAAAUUAAUAGAAUUAUAGCUGCGAGAUGGAUGGAGGAACUGUGGCAGGGGUGGGGGUGAGACUGUAUAUUGGAAUCUGGAGAACUACAUGUUUUUUCCUUAAAAAGGAAAUUUUAGCAUUUUUAUUUUUUAUAUCUGAUUCUAAACAUAUUUAUUAGGAAGAAGCCCUAUUGAUUUCAGUGGGAGUUAUGUUCAUGUAGACAUGCUUAGGAUCUCAGCCUUGUAAUGUUUUUCAGGGUGACAAAUGGGAAGGUGUGUCACACAUACCAGCAUGAAGGAGAAAUAUGAUUUUCUGGGUUCCAUGUUACACAUCAUCAUGUAUGAAAAUAUUGUCUUUCUGGAUGCUGCUCUUAGAA